GGGCGUUAUAAAAAGAUACAGAAGCGAUGCACAGGUCACUGGGGUUUGAAUCCGUGAAUCGAAUUGUGGGCAGUGGGAUUUUUAAGUUUGACUUGAGACUUGAGAUGUUCACCUAGAUCUGGUACGGAUUCGAUAAUUUUCUGAAAAUCUUCGAUCAACUUAUCUUUUGCCCUUUAUUUAAGAUCAACAUAGCUUUUUGUCUCCAUGGAUUCUACAAGUAAUGAUGAAGUUGGAUCAUUAUCGCAUUCAAUGGAUGAAGUAAACAGUGUUCAGAUCUCUGUGCCUUCCGUUAACUUUGAUCACGAUCAGCCUUUUUGUGUGAACGGUUUCGAACAGCAAGAUUCUAUAUCAAGUCAUGUCUAUGAAUUCCAAGUGGUUCAAGGUAUUGGAUCCCAGCCUUUCCUCCUGAAGUUAUGCAGUAUACAGGAGCUAGGUUUCGUUCAAGAAGCUAUCAUUAUGUAUGAAAACUAUGCUGAGCAUGCUGGUUUCAGUACUCGUUUAGGUACUACAUUAACAAACAAACAAGGUGUAAUUACAAUCAAAUAUAUUUUGUGUUCUAAAGCAAACAAACCGAAGGAUCAAGAGGUUGACUCAGGUUCUUCAAACUCUUUAUCAAGGCGCACAAAUUUCAACGUUACGGAUUACAAAUCUUUAAUACAAGUUAAGCUUGUCAAAAAUUCCACAGAUUAUAAAGUUUAUGAGUUUGUUGAUGUACACAAUCACGGGCCUAUUUCUAAACAAUUUAGAUUUGAGCAAGAAAAGAAGGAAAUUGGAUGUUGCAACAAAAGAGUUUAUUUCCAAUUGUCAUUUGCCUAG